CAAUUGCUGAAAUCAUCCGGAAAGUUGAUCCUACUGGAUAAAUUACUCUGUCGGCUACAAGAAACAGGGCAUCGUGUGCUGAUCUUUUCACAGAUGGUGAUGAUGCUCGAUAUUAUCCAGGAAUAUCUUCAGCUCCGACGUUUUGCCUGCCAGAGGUUAGACGGAUCAAUGCGUUCCGAUCUUCGCAAAGCUGCACUGGACCAUUUUAAUGCACCGAAUUCAUCGGAUUUCUGUUUCCUCUUAUCAACGCGUGCCGGUGGCCUAGGCAUCAAUCUAGCAACAGCUGAUACGGUGAUUAUAUUUGAUUCGGAUUGGAAUCCACAGAAUGACCUGCAGGCAAUGAGUCGCGCACAUCGAAUUGGCCAAAAGAAACAGGUAAGCCUAUGCUUUUUUCUGUGUUGA